GAAAGAAACACUACAUAGUGACUAGAGAGACCAAUUUUCUUGUUUCGUGCAAGGCAAAAAGUCACCUCUUUUCUUGUUACUCUAUGGAGGAAGAUUGACUUGUGGUUGUAGAAAUAAUAGAUACAUAGAUAGAUAUAUCAUAUAUAUGCAGCAGCAUCUGUAGUAGUCGUAGUAUUAGGAGUAUUACCAUACUCCAUAAUUAGGCCGAAAAUGGUGAGCUCCGUAAGGUCGACGAAAACCUUUAUCAGCAAGAGCAUUACCCUACUCCAGAAUUACGCCGACAACAGGCUAACCAAUCACGGCGCCGCUCUUCACUGCCACUUAAUCAAGAUGGGCGUCUCCUCCAACAAGUACAUCGCCGUCAAGCUGCUCAUCAUGUAUUUAGACUCCCGAAGAUCCUGGGAAAUUGACCGGAUGUUGAAGGAGUUCCACGGCUUCAACGUCGUCGUUCACAAUUGUCUGAUCAAUUCGCAUUGCCGAUGGGGAAACCUAACCGAUGCCUGCCGGGUGUUCGACGAAAUGCCUGAGAGAAACGAGGUUUCUUGGACCGCCUUGAUCUCUGGCCUGUUCAAAUACGGACACGUGGACAAGGCCAUGUUCUAUUUCCAGAGGAACCCUUUCAUGGAUGUGUUCAGCUGGACGGCCACGAUCGGCGGGCUUGUGCAGAACGACCUGAGUUUUCCGGCGAUGAAGCUUUUCAAGAAGAUGAUUGCUUCCGGAAUUUUGCCCAACGACAUUACCUUCACUUCUCUGAUCGCGGCUUGCAUCCAAUUGGGCGAUCUUGGAUUGGGGAGAAGUGUUCUGAGCUUGAUUGUGAAGCUAGGCUUUGAUCAGAAUGUAUCGGUUUCGAAUUCGUUGGUUAAGUUUUUCAUGGAGUUAGGAGACGCCGAUUCUGCGAGGAUAACGUUCGACAGGAUGUCGGCAAGGGAUAUCUUCUCUUGGACGACAAUGCUGGUCAUGUGCGCCAAGACGGGAGACUUGGGAGAAGCUCAUCGGAUCUUCGAACAAAUGCCCGAGAGAAAUGAAGUUACAUGGAGUGCCAUGAUCUCGAAAUUUAAUCAGAGUGGAAAGACAGAGGAGGCAGUGAGUUUCUUUAAGGAGAUGGUUCGACGCGGAUUCAAGCCUAACGUAUCAUGCUAUUCGAGCAUUAUUAGCGCGCUGGCAAGCCUUGAGGCGAUGCCGGCCGGAAGGAAUGUUCACGCGCAUGUUUUAAAGAUCGGUAUGGAUCGAAAUGUGUUUGUUGGUAGCUCGCUCAUCGAUUUGUAUUCAAAAUGUGGGAAUGUUAUCGACGGGCGCGUUGUUUUUGAUAAUUUACUGAACAAGAAUCUCGUGUGCUGGAAUUCGAUGGUCGCGGGAUAUAGUUUGAUCGGCGAUCUUGCAGAAGCUGCAGAGCUCUUUAGCCGGAUGCCUCAGAGAAACUGCGUAUCUUGGAAUUCGUUGAUUGCCGGACAUGUCGGGAUCGAGAAUUACGUCGAAGCAUUAGAGCUCUUCGUAAAGAUGAUAUUGUCGGGAGAAGAGCCGAAUAAAUCAACCUUUUCGAGCGUUCUUAGCGCUUGCGCGCAUCUAGCGAUGUUCGAGAAAGGUAAGUACGCGCACGCGAAAGCUCUGAAGCUCGGGUUCGAGAGCGACGAAUUCGUUGGGACAGCACUCGUGGACAUGUACGCGAAAUCCGGCAGCAUCGAAUGCUCGAGAAAGAUCUUCGACCGAAUGCGGACAAAGAACGAGGUCGUCUGGACGGCAUUGAUUCAGGGUCUCGCGGAAAACGGAUACGCCGAAGAGUCGCUGCGGCUGUUCGAGGAAAUGGAAGAAACGACGCGCAUUGCGCCAAACGAGCUGAUACUGUUAUUCGUUCUUUUCGCAUGUUCGCACUGCGGCUUAGUCGACAAAGGGCUGCGGUACUUCGACGCGAUGGAGAAACGGUACGGCGUGAAACGGAACGGGAGGCACUACACGUGUGUGAUCGACAUGCUGGCUCGAUCGGGACGGGUCGAUGAGGCGGAGAAGUUCAUCGAUAGUAUGGCGCGUGAACCGGAGGCGAACGCGUGGGCGGCGCUGCUCAACGGGUGCCGGGUGCACGGGGAGGGGGCGGCGGCGGAGAGGGUGGCUGGGAAGAUUCUGGAAGGUUCUGGAAGGAAGGGUGGAGGGUAUGUUAUGGUGUCGAAUAUGUAUAGUUUGGAAGGGAGAUGGAGUGAGGCUGUGAUGGCGAGGGAUUUGAUGAAGGAGAAAGGAGUUAGGAAAAAUGGUGGGUGCAGUUGGGUGGAGGUGAGGGGUGGAGUUCAUGUGUUUUAUUCUCAGGAUAAAACUCAUGUUGAUGCUCAAAGUAUUUAUUGGGUUGUGGAGAUUAUCAAUUCGGAGAUGAAGUCCAAUUGAAUUGAAGAGAGAGAGAUAUCAUUUAUUUAUUUAUUUAUUUAAUUUCUUGAUUAUUGAAUUUUAUGUUCAUUUGGUUGAAAUAAAUUACUCCUCCCAACCAUAGUGCAACAUUUGUGGUUGACACGAGAAUUUAAGAAUUUAA